AUGAGACUUUCGGAAUCGUCCACGGCCACUGCGCUGGCAGCGGCUGCUGCUGUCUCUGGAGCUUCACUCGACACAUGUUGCGCUCGUCUCGCCUCCGCGCUCGGCGACGUCGUCACCACCACGCCGUUCACAGCGAGUGACUACUUCUCAUUACAGGAGUCGACCCUCGUGCCGGCCUGCAUCGUCCGGCCGCGUUCCGCACAGGAUGUCAGCGCGGCGGUGGCGAUCCUCUCCACGUCGCGGACGCCGGGGUGCCAGUUCGCCGUCAAGGGCGGCGGGCACACGCCGGCCGGGGGCUCGGCCAACAUCCAGGGCGGCGUGACCAUUGACAUGACGAGCCUGAACGCGACGGUGCUGAGCGGCGACGGGACCUCGGUCGGCGUCGGGGCGGGCGCCGUCUGGAACGAUGUGUACGGCUACCUGGGCGAGUUCGGUCUUGCUGCCGCUGGUGGGAGGAACGGUCUUGUGGGUGUUGGUGGGCUGCUCCUCGGCGGUGGCAUCUCGCAUUUCUCGCCGCGGGUUGGGUGGGCGUGUGAUGGUGUUGUUGAGCACGAGGUCGUCCUCGGAAAUGGCACACUCGUCAACGUCUCCGCGACCAGCCAUCCCGACUUGUACCGUGCGCUCAAGGGCGGCGGAAACAACUUUGGCGUCGUGACGCGCUAUGAGCUGAAGACGUUUCCGCAAGGCAACAUGUCGGUGAGCACCCUCACGUACGACCUAUCCGAGAUUGGUGCCGUGUUUGACGCCUUCACCGGCGUCGCCGCCGACCCGAACUUUGAUCCCUAUGUGUCCCUCCAGACGGGUCUUUUGUAUGCCUCGGCGGCGAAGACGUGGUCGCUGAGCAGUUCGGCUGGAUAUACGAAGCCCGUGCUUCAUCCGGAGGUGUACAGCGAGCUUGAAGCCGUGCCGAGCCUCUCUAAUUCCUCUGAGAUUAUUGCUGUGGCUCCGCUUGCUGCGGAGAAUCCCACUCCGCCACUGAACUGGCUCUUCGCCACGUUAACGUUCGGUCCCUCGAGCGAGGCUAUGCUGGACAUCUUCAACGCCCUGAAUGGAUCCUUGUACGACUUCAAUCCCGUCGGCGGUGUCACAUGGAACUUUGCCUUUGAGCCCCUUCCUUCUGUGAUGCUUUCACAUGCCGACGCCACGGGUGGGAACGUCCUUGGGCUAAAACCUGAGGACGGCAACAGCGUCGUCCUCCUCUUCUCUGCCCUCUGGCCGAACUCGAGCUCCAACGAUGCCAUUUAUCAGAAAGGCAGAGACACAUUUACGGCUGUCAAAUGGGCCGCUGAGCGAAAGGGUGUGCUGCGGAAGUUUGAGUAUCUCAACUAUGCUGGCCCGCACCAGUCACCGCUGGCUUCGUAUGGGGCGGACAACCUCAACUUCCUGCGCCGGGUUAGCAAGAAGUAUGACCCGACUGGAGUGUUCCAGAGCAAGGUGCCUGGUGGCUUCAAGUUGUGGUGA